AUGAGCCAAGAGUACACGACCGACAUUGAGCCUGGCACGCUCAUUGAAGCCACUUGGUCGUGGGGCCUAAUCUUGGCCUCUUACUUGGUCAGUGUAAUGGGCUCCUAUACCUACUUCCAAGUGUUGGAUCAAUAUCCAACUGCCCGUGGCUGGAUGAUGAAAGAACUCUAUCUUGCUCUGGCAUCAAUAACAUUAGGUGGUUGUGCAAUUUGGAGUAUGCACUUUAUUGGAAUGAUGGCAUGUGGAUUCCCUAUUCCAAUCAGUUAUGAUAUAACUAUUACUGUAUUGUCUGGAUUGGCGGCUAUUGUUGCUGCACGUCUUGGAUUAGUGAUGCUGACCAAUAACUUGCCGGCAUUCAUUACAAACACACUUCGUAUUGGCAAACCAUUGAUAUAUUUCCAACAGCCAUUGGAUAUGGCACCGACUUCAUCACUAAAGAAUUCAUCAUCGUCCGAGAUACAACAACCAUCACUGGUCUCACCAGAUUGCAUCAGCAUGUCCAACUUCAUGUCGCCUCACGAGCUCAACACGUCCACCAACUCACUCCCACCCGACCCCUUCUCCACCGAACAAGAGGUCACCAUGCGCUUCCUUCAGUCGGACCGCGAACGUGAGCGCCAAAGAGAGCUGUCCGAUCUCAAUCCACUUCGCGACACAACCGACACAGGAUCAAACGAUGACGGCACUCACUCACAAACUGUUUCACUUGAUGUAGAGUCAUUAAUUGAAGACAGUUUUGCGAUAGAUUUGUUCAGGGAUGAGAUGGAGACUAUGCUGAUACCAAAGCCACACCAACAAUGGGCAACAUAUAGAGCAUUCGAUAGGAACUUGGUACUUCGUCUAACAUUCGGCGCACUCUUCAUGGCCAUUGGUAUCUUCUCAAUGCAUUACUCUGGCAUGUCUGCCAUGCGUAUGAAUGCUGUGGCACAUUACAACAUGGGUAUGAUCGUGUUGUCUUUCAUAUUCGCAUGGAUCGCGUCUGCAUUGUCACUGUACAUAUCACUGUUUGGAACAUCCAGUAACCACGUUCAGCACCUCAUGGCAUCACUGGUCAUGGCGAUGGCCGUAUGUCUUCUACAUUACACUGGAAUGUUUGCAGUAACAUAUCAUUACAUGGACAUGGGUUACGACAAAAGCAACAGUAAUCUAUUCAUUGCAUUUGGUAUAUCAAUGUUCAGCUUGAUAUUAUGUUUCUUGCUAAUUGGAGUCACAUCGAUUGCUCACCAAAGAGUUAAAGACAAGUUGUUAAAGUUAUCAUCAGCAUUGACCAAAGAGAAGAUGAAGUCAGACUCUUUGAUCAACUCAAUCUUCCCAUCUGCAAUCAUAUCAAGAAUGAAACAAGGUGAUAUACAUAUUGCAGAGGAAUGUCCUGGCAUUACAAUUAUAUUCGCGGACAUUGUAGACUUUACUCAAAUGGCACCAAAGUUCACUCCAAAGGAAUUGGUAACCAUGUUGAAUAGACUAUACUCACUGUUUGAUGAUCUAUCAGAAUCGAUGAACCUGGAAAAGAUCAAGACAAUAGGUGAUUCAUAUAUGAUUGUUAGCGGCCUUAAAUGGCAUUGUGUAGAUUAUAAGUUUGUGUCUCCAGACUUGCUGGAGGACAUGGACGAGAACGAUGAAAACCAGCGUACAAUAUUCCACGCCAACAAGGCUGUUAUAUUUGCAUCCAAACUGUUGGAGAUGGUGGAAUACUUUAAUCAAAAAUAUGGAUACGAUCUACAUCUUCGAAUCGGUAUCCACACUGGUGAUGCUAUAGCAGGCAUCAUUGGUAAGAAGAGAUAUUCAUUCGAUAUAUGGGGAGAUGCCGUUAAUAUUGCCAGUCGAAUGGAAAGUUCUGGCUUCCCCAAUAAGAUAUGCGUAAGCGAGUCAACCUUCUCAUUGUUGAAGAGAAAGAGCUCAUUCCAGAAGUACUGUAUGGACAUCAAGGGCAAGGGUAACAUGGAUGUGUAUGUAUUGGACCCGAUCCAUCAGUCUCCUGAUCACUCUGGCCAGGCCAUCUCAUGA